AAGCCAAUCAUUUCUUCCGGCUAAACCCAGAAAAGCAAUUACCCACAAACCAAUGCCACACAUUUGAACCCACACAAAUGGCCAACACCCAACUCUCCCACCACGUUUUCCGCCCAAUCCCCUCCGUGCGUCUCAGCGGCCACCGACUGAGUCCUACCAAACCCACCAGACUUCCCCAACAAAAUUUCAAAAACAAAAGCUUAGCUCUUAAAGCUCGCCAAAACUCCAAGUGGGCCAUUGCGCUAAGCCUUGUGGACCAAAGCCCGCCAAAAUCAACGGCCAACGUGGAACGGCUUGUGGGUUUUUUGUACGAUGAUCUGCCGCACCUCUUCGACGAUCAGGGGAUUGAUCGGACGGCGUACGAUGAGCGUGUGAAAUUCAGGGACCCAAUCACCAAGCAUGACACCGUAAGUGGGUACCUGUUUAACAUAACUCUCUUGAAGGUGCUCUUCAGGCCUGAGUUCCAGUUGCACAGAGUCAAACAGACAGGACCUUAUGAAAUUACUACAAGGUGGACUAUGAUCAUGAGGUUUAUCAUUCUGCCAUGGAAACCAGAACUGGUCUUUACAGGAACCUCUGUCAUGGGGAUCAACCCAGAGACUGGAAAGUUUUGCAGUCAUUUGGACUUUUGGGAUUCCAUAGAGAACAAUGAAUAUUUUUCUCUAGAAGGUCUGGGGGAUGUGCUAAAGCAGCUGCGGAUAUACAAGACUCCAGACUUGGAAACUCCUAAGUACCAGAUAUUGAAAAGAACAGCUAACUACGAGGUGAGGAAGUAUUCACCGUUUUUAGUGGUAGAAGCAAAGGGAGACAAAUUAGCUGGGUCGACUGGCUUUAAUGAUGUUACUGGGUACAUUUUUGGAAAGAAUUCCAAGUCAGAGAAGAUACCAAUGACUACUCCUGUCUUCACACAGGCAUAUGAUGCUGAACUGUCCAAAGUAUCCAUCCAAAUAGUUCUUCCUUUAGAGAAAGAUAUAAGCAGUUUGCCAGAUCCUAAUCAAGAAACAAUUAGCUUGAGAAAGGUGGAAGGAGGCAUUGCUGCAGUUUUGAAGUUCUCUGGAAGAGUUACUGAAGAUACUGUCCAAGAGAAAGAGAAAGCACUUCGCUCUUCUCUUAUAAAUGAUGGCCUCAAUCCUAAGACGGGUUGUUUGCUCGCACGAUAUAAUGAUCCAGGCCGAACAUGGAGCUUUAUAAUGAGAAAUGAAGUGCUACUAUGGCUUGAGGAGUUCACAUUGGAUUAGUCCAUCCAAGUACAGAGUUGACAAUCCUUGCCUUUGACAAGCACUUUCCUUGAUUAAUUGUAAUGAAAGAAACAAUAUAGGCUUAGCUCAACAUAAUGGCUACCAGAUGUUGAUCACCUGGGAUGCAGAGUUGUAAAGAAAUGUAAUUACUUCUUGUUUCUCCUUCUAAGACAACACACAGGUUUUUCCUGCUUAUUUACAAAAUUUUGUCAGAA